GCUUUGUUGUGAUUCCAUUGAAGAUAUGAAUAAAUGGAUACUCGGAUACGGCUGCCAUCUGCGGCCGCUGUUAUUAUUCACUGGCGGCCUGGCGAGCGGCUCGGCCUCACGACACGAUGGUGGCGAGCCGAGGCUCGGUGUGAACUGUGGACCACAGCUUGAAGCUUGGCUGCGUUCCUCUCCUAGCCACAAGCGCUUACAGACGCUCGAAAGUCUCAGUGUAAUGGGGGUGAGUAAUAUAUUGCAACACUAAUCUCU